AUGGCUUGCACUUAUCACCACCAGUACACAUCCAUUGUCUUGCCACUGCUGCUCAUCACCUUGGCAUCAAUGACUGGUAACAAAAUCGUGGUAGAGGCACGCCACCUGCUAGAGGUAACCUUGCCUGAGCUUCCUAAACCUGAAUUGCCAUCAUUUCCGGAUCUCCAUACACCAUCAUUUCCCAAGCUUGAUUUUACAUUUCCGGAACUUCCAAAGCCUGAGCUACAAGUGCCAGAAAUUCCUGAACUGCCUCAUCUAGAUAUAUCUGAUCUCCAUGACCUGCUGCCUAAGUUCACAUUUCCGACCAUUCCAACCAUUCCCGAUAUACCUAAACCUUCUCUCUCUGCAUCCCACUCAACCACCACCCCUUGA